GUAAUCGAGUAUUCUCAAGGUCGUCCAUCCUCCUCAAUGAGUACCGCUGGUUGCGAGUCUCCGCACCUCGCGUCAUGUUAGGUUUUUCACAAAUCGCUCUAGCCGUGGGAAGAGCGGGAGCCGGCCUGGUGAAUAAAGGUUUAGCCAGCUUACGUUUGUCCACACUUUCAUCUCACUUAUCGUACACAGCAGCUGCCUGUUCCAAGAUGCCUUAUUCUACUGUUGAGCGAGGAUCCCCUAACACGGAUAACUACAGAGUGUUUUUUAAAAAUGAAUCCGGAGCUGUGGUGUCUCCCUUCCAUGACAUCCCUCUGGUUGUGGACCGGGAGAAGGGCGUGUUCAAUAUGGUGGUGGAGAUCCCCAGGUGGAGCAACGCUAAGAUGGAGAUCUGCAAAGAGGAGUCUCUGAACCCGAUCAAACAGGACAUCAAGAAGGGCAAGCUGAGAUAUGUGAAGAACAUCUUCCCACACAAAGGCUACAUCUGGAACUACGGGGCUCUGCCUCAGACAUACGAGGACCCGAACCACGUGACCCCCGACACUGGCACCAAUGGAGACUCUGACCCCAUCGAUGUCUGUGAGAUUGGAUACAAGAUCCACGAGCGUGGGGCUGUGAUCCAAGUGAAGGUUGUGGGUAUCAUGUGCCUUAUUGACGAGGGAGAGACAGACUGGAAGGUUCUGGCCAUUGAUGUGACCGACCCAAAGGCUGAUUCCAUCAACGAUAUUGAUGAUGUGGAAAAGCAGUUCCCUGGGCUCCUCAAGGCGACCUACGAGUGGUUCAAGUAUUACAAAGUGCCCGACGACAAGCCAGAGAACCAGUUUGCCUUUGAAGGACAAGCCAAGGACAAGGAAUACACUCUGAAGAUCAUUGAUGAGACCUACGGCCAGUGGAAGGAUCUGGUGGGGAAGGAAGGAGAAAGCGCCAUCAACAGAAAAAACGUGAGUGUAGAAGACAGCCCGUUCCGCAUCGACGGAGCCCAGGCUGAGAAAGUUGUGGAGGAAUCGGCCGCAGUGGGACCAGCAGCAGCAGAGAGUCAAGACAUCAACAAGUGGUACUACGUUAUACCUCAGCAGUGAGGCUCUGGGAGCGACCGGAGAACGCCUUCCAGCCCCCCGUCCCCCUUCCCACCACACACCACUGACCACUGACUACUCUAACCCUUACACAGUUGAUGGAAUCCAUGGCUUGGUACUUUCCUCACAUCAGCACGCACGUCUGUUGUGUUCUCGGAGACACCCGUGAUGUGAAAUGUUGAAUGUUUUGUCUAGGUGUGAUAACAACCAAAAGUUGUGGAGGAUUAGUUAGUUAGUUAGUUAGAGACUGCAAACUGAAGUAUAAGUUCUGACGCUGGCAUUGCUUGCUGGGUUUGAAAGAAAUGUUUUUUGCAUUUGAAAGUGUGAGGAACGUUUUCUUGUAUUAUAUUGAAACGCUAUAAUCAGAAGGAUGUCACUCCUUUACGCUUCCUGUAGCCACUUCUCUCAUUUCCCUCAGAUGUUGAUCUCUCGUUUAACCAACUUUUCUGUUUUAAUUUUCUUAAUUGUUUCUUUCUUCUUGUUUUUUUUUUUCCUCGAGUUCUUGAUGCAGUUACAUGAUGCUUGUUUUUAUUGUUCUUAUCUCAUACAAUGAAUGGAAAAAUGAGGAAGAAGAGUGUUUGUGAAAAAGACUUUUUUGUGUGUUUUUGAACACAUUUUGAGCGGAGUUUAGGAGUUUAGCCAAGUUGAUAAAUUGUUGUCUCCGGUGUGCCACAUACAGCAGCGUACCGCGGUACAGAUCUGUACGAUGGUCCUACACGUCCCACCGAGGCCAGAGACGCGGAGUGGAUGAACCGUGUGUGGUAGUUAGAUAGAACUCUUACUCUUACAACUGAUGUCCAACUUGGUUGUGAAGCGUGGUCUCAGUGUGUCAACACACACACACACACACACACACCCACGCACGCAUGCACGCUUGCAGGCAGACACACACGGACGUGUAUACACACACGCGCGCGCUCGCGAGUACGCGUACACAUACUGUGUGGUUAGAACUCAUACAACUGAUGUCCAGCUUGGUUGUGAAGCGUGGUCUCAGUGUGUCAACACACAUGCACACACACACACGCGCAUACACUCACACUCACGUUUGUUGUGAGAGAUUAAAAAAGUCUUAAUAAAUAUAAUUUUAUGAAUAAUUAGUAAGUUAUCAUAUAUAGUAAUUCUUUUAUGACAAUGUGGUUUCUUUUGUAUCUUCUUCUGUCCCGCUGGCUUAGUGCUGUCAGUGUUGCUGCACUUUUGUCAAGGUUGAUGGGUAGAAAUUUGAUAAUUAGGCCUCCUUCUAUAUCAUGGAUAAAAUGGAUAAAACUAGACUGAAAGCCAAAGUUGAAACGCUCAACUUACUACUACUACUGUCAAUGUCACUGAUUUUGUGGGAUUCAUUAUGUGGGGAUUAUUACCCUAUUAUUCUCCAUUCUGUUUGCUAUGGGUACAACAAUAAAUAAUUGAUGAAUAUAUAUAUAUAUGCGCUACUAAA